AUGGAAGACAUAGAUGAGGAGGAGGAGCUUUUGAAUCUUAGCCUUGCGAUUGUUACAAGUACAGGGAGGGAAAGAUUUAGAAAAAGGAAGAGAUCAAGAGAUGAUGGUGUUGCUAAUGGUUCGGUGAGCCCUCUAAACUCUUAUGAAGGUUGUGAAGGGAAGAUAUUCAGGCUUCUUCAAAUGAGGGAACAAAUGCUAAAAAACCUAGACCACCACAAGAAGAAAGGGGUUGAUGUCGAUGAUGAAGACGGAAAAGGACUGCACCUGAUCCACAUGUUGCUCAUAACAGCCACUGCAGUCAACGAAAACAAUGUAGGCUCAGCCUUGGAGCAUCUCACUGAGUUGUACAAGAGUGUUUCAUUAUCCGGUGACUCCAUCCAACGAGUAGUGGCUUAUUUCGCUGACAGCUUGGCCGCAAGGCUUCUCACACGAAGAUCCCCCUUUUAUGACAUCAUCAUGAAGGAACCGACGAGCGAAGAAGAGUUUGUAGCGUUCACCGCUCUCUAUCGGGUGUCUCCGUACUACCAAUUUGCUCAUUUCACGGCAAUCCAAGCAAUCAUUGAGGCCUUUGAGAAGGAAGAAGAGAAGAACAAUCGUGCAUUACAUGUUAUCGAUUUCGAUGUCUCCUAUGGAUUUCAGUGGGCAUCUCUUAUACAGUCUCUCUCCGAGAAGGCAAGCAGUAGGAAGCGAAUAUCGCUCAGAAUAACUGGGUUUGGAAGAAGCGUGGAUGAGCUACGGGAAACGGAGAACAGACUGACAACCUUCUCAAAUGGGUUUCAGAAUCUUGCUUUUGAAUUUCAAGGGUUGUUGAGAGGCUCAAAGCUCGUAAACUUGAGGAAAAAGAGGAACGAAACACUGGCAGUGAAUUUGGUUUUUCAUUUGAAUACUUUGAGCAAUAAUUUGAAGAUAUCUGACUUGUUAAAAUCUGUACAUUUACUUAACCCUUCCAUUGUAAUCUUGGUUGAACAAGAAGGGACCAGGAGUCCUCGAAGAUUCUUAUCGAGAUUCAUGGAGUCUUUGCAUUAUUUUGCAGCCAUGUUUGAUUCUUUAGAUGAAUGUCUGCCAUUAGAGAGUGCUGAAAGGUUGAGCAUUGAGAAGAACCACCUUGGAAAAGAGAUCAAAAGCAUGCUCAAUUACGACAAUAACAACGAUGAUAAUUGUCUGAAAAUUGAAAAGAUGGAAACAUGGAAGGCGAGGAUGGAGAGUCAUGGUUUUGAAGGAAUAAAUCUAAGCUCCAGGUCCAAGAUACAAGCAAGACUUCUUUUGAAAAUAAGGACUCACUAUUGUUCACUUGAUUUUGAUGGAGAGAGUAAUGGAGCUGCAGCUGGCUUCAAGGUUUUCGACAGAGAUGAUGGAAGGACGAUAUCUCUUGGGUGGCAAGACAGGUAUCUGCUUACAGUUUCCGCAUGGCACUGA